GGUAAUAAUUCCUCAUUUUAAGCCUCCCCCCUUGCAAAAUUUUACUCCAAUUUCCAAAAGCCCAAAAAUCCUUUGGCGCCAAUUCGCCUCUCUUUUUUCCCCUCUUCCCUUCUCCCACUUCUUUCCAACAAUCGGAAAUGCAGCGGCAGAAAUCUAUGCUUUCCUUCCUCAAGAGACCUUCAUCGGAGGACCAAAGCUCCGGCAAUAACAAACUCAAACUUCCAAAUCAAAAUGCAGUCCCUCUUACCAAAAAUAUUCCGGACAUUUUGGGAACUGAAACUCCUCCUGAGAAGCUGCCACGUCAGGUUCUCCCCUUCAACAGCGGCCAUGAUGGAAAUAAGUCUUCUGCUUUCUCUUCUAUUAGGCACAAGUUUAUCAGAGAAAAACCACGCAUUGAUCGGGAUCUAGCGAAGAAUGAUUCUUUUGGGAUCCCCUCUCUUUGUACAAAAAAUGAAGGAUCAGAAACACUGGGGAAUCCUUCUGUUUCCUUGCGGUUAGGCUCUAAUAGAAGUUCUGUUAGUUCUAAUCGAAAUAGUAAUCAAGAGGGUAAAGGAUCAGUAUCUCUUAUACAAGGUGAUGAUCAUGGUUUUGGGCCGGAAACACCAAGUAUGCAACCUUUUGUACCUGGGUUAAAAAGAGUCCAAGAUGACAUGCGUACCUCAGGGGAUAGGAGUGAUUGCUCUUCAUUGAACACAAGCAAGAGGAUUAAGAGUCUUGAGGGUUUGAAUAUUGGAAGGAAGAACCUUGAAGCAGAGUUUGAAAUGACUAGCAAGUUUGAGUGGCUUCAUCCAUCUCAAAUCAAGGAUGCGAAUGGUAGAAUGGCAGGGGACUCACUCUAUGACAAGCGGACACUGUUUAUUCCUCCUGAUGCGUUGAGAAAAAUGUCUGCUUCUCAGAAGCAGUAUUGGGAUGUCAAAUGCAAAUACAUGGACAUUCUGCUUUUCUUUAAAGUGGGAAAAUUUUAUGAGCUGUAUGAGCUAGAUGCUGAAAUUGGUCACAAGGAGCUCGAUUGGAAAAUGACACAAAGUGGCGUGGGAAAAUGUAGACAGGUUGGCAUAUCUGAAAGUGGGAUAGAUGAAGCUGUUCAGAAGCUCCUAGCGCGAGGGUACAAAGUAGGACGGAUGGAACAGUUGGAAACAUCCGAGCAAGCAAAAUCUAGAGGCUCUACUUCUGUUAUUCGCAGAAAACUAGUUCAUGUACUCACUCCUUCUACCACAAGUGAGGGUAAUAUUGGGCCUGAUGCAGUUCAUCUUCUUGCAGUUAAGGAGACUUGCAAUGAGCAAGAGAAUGGUUCAACCGCUUUUGGCUUUGCUUUUGUCGAUUGUGCUGCUCUGAAAGUUUGGGUUGGUUCCAUAAGUGAUGAUGCAUCUUGUGCAGCUUUGGGGGCUUUGCUGAUGCAAGUGUCACCGAAGGAAGUUAUACACAAUGCUAGGGGUUUGUCAAAGGAUGCUCAAAAAGCUCUGAAAAAAUACUCAUUAACAGGUCCUGCAGUGCCACUCCUGUCCCCAGUCCAGCCAGGUGCUGAUUUUGUUGAUCCUGCAGAAGUGAAAAAUUUCCUUGACUUGAAAGGUUACUUUAAAGGAUCUUGUAAUAAGUGGGACCACACCUUUGAUGGAGUAACGAGCCAUGAUGUUGCUUUAUGUGCUCUUGGGAGUCUUGUCAAUCAUUUAGAGCGAUUGAUGUUAGAUGAGGUCUUACGUAAUGGCGAUAUUCUAUCAUAUGAAGUCUAUAGGGGUUGCCUCAAAAUGGAUGGACAAACACUUGUCAAUCUUGAGAUCUUCAACAAUAAUGCUGAUGGGAGUCCAUCAGGUACUUUAUACAAGUAUCUUGACAAUUGUGUUACUUCACCUGGGAAGCGGCUUUUGAGAAAUUGGGUUUGUCAUCCCCUCAAAGAUGUGGAGAAAAUCAACCAUAGGCUUGAUGUGAUUGACAGACUUGUUGAAAAUUCAGAGGCUACAUUAUCCGCUGCUCAAUAUCUUCGCAAGCUUCCAGAUUUGGAUAGGUUGUUUGGACGGGUUAAGGCUAGCAUUCAAUCUUCUGAAGCACUCCUACUGCCCUUGAUUGGUGCCAAAAUAUUGAAGCAGCGAGUUAAAGUGUUUGGGUUGCUUGUUAAAGGGCUACGGAUUGGGCUAGAUUUGUUAAGGUUGUUGCAGAAGGAACAUCUGACCUCUUCCUUGGCUAAAGUGGUAUCCUUGCCUGUUCUAGAUGGUGACGAUGGGCUUGAUAAGUUCCUCGGCCAAUUUGAAGCGGCAAUCAAGAGUGACUUCCCCAAUUUUCAGGAUCAUAAUGCUACUGAUUUUGAUGCUGAAACACUAUCCAUUUUGAUGGAGUUAUUUGUUGAGAAGGCUACUGAGUGGUCUCAAGUCAUUUAUGCCAUAAGUUGU